UAAAAUUAAAUAGCUAUUGAUCCAGGUUUAGAAAAACGAACUAGUCCAUAUUGAUACGUAUCAACGUAUGAAUAUAUCAGCCAUGUAUCAGUUUCUUACGUUAUCUUAAUGACUUAUAUUAAUAUUAGUUAGUACACUGUUGAUAGAAAAAAAUGAAUAGAAUGCUAGAAAAUAAACGGGACGAAACGAGAAGGUACCAUUCAAAACUGAAUAAAUUUAGAAUACUGUGAUAUCUCUGCUUUGCUAUACAUUUUUUUUUCACAGUAGCGUGAUCAUUCUAAUGACUUUAAUGUCUUAUUGAUGGAAAAAAAUAGAAUAUUCCUGACAUAAAAAAGAUCUUUCUAGCUAUCUAUUAAUAGUUUGGUUUUGUACACAUGAAAAUGCGUGUUAAAGUCAAAAUAUUAAGGUAUACGUUUUCUAGAAGUUUAUUGAACGCGAGAAAAGUUUUUAUAACUUUAGAAGAAAAAGUACUUAACUUUCCAAAAAAAAUAAAAUACAGACAACUUCCUCCACGGUCAUCCUGACAGAUAUUGGUGAGAAAAGAUUUCUGGAUACCGCAGGAUAGACAUGGAGAACAAAAUCCUUUUUUUUUCAACGAACAAAAUUCUGCCAGAUCUCGUAGGAAAACACUUGUGGGUUGAAUAAGUCAAAAAGUCUUGCGAUGUUUCUUACCUUUACGCAGGAUUUUUUCCAGGCUGACCCUACAUAAACUAUGCAGGGUUCUAUCAGGGCUGGCAGUAUAAAAAUCCUGCGUAAAGGUAAAAAACAUCGUCAGAUAUUUUAAUACCGAUAACCCGCGGGAUCCUGCAUGGAUUUUGAUUAUUUUUUUCAGUGGGUUCUGCCAAAAUUUAGCUUUUCCCAUUCGCAAAAGAGAUCGUGAAUCCCGAACAACUCUACUAUAUUGAAAAGUUUUGUACAAUAUGGGCGUCAAUCGACGUAACUGGAAGAUUUUGUUUUAAAGUAUGCUUUUUCGUUGAGUUAUAGAAUUGUUUUGUAGUAACAGUUAGUAACUGCGAACAAUAAUAUUUCGGGAUACGACAACUUUCAAAAAUUUCGUGCUGUUUCAACAAAAAACGUUCGCAAUUGAUACCGUUUUUAUCAGAGAUAAAGUGCCAAGGCCAGUGCGUAACUAUAUAAUUGUUAUUGGUAACGUACGACAUCGUGGACUUGCACUUCUUGCUAUACAAUGGCGAGCCGAUUUAGCAGGGAGUGUCAAGAAGUUUAACUUAUAAUGAAUAUACUUUAAACCAACUAUAUAACCGUGUUAGGCUGGCAUCCUUUGCGCUAGUAUUUCAGAAAAAACAACACUAGUUUUUCAUUAUAAACUUAAAAAACUCUUUCACAGCGAAGCAUCUAAAUAUCUGGAAUACAUUUUUGAUGAUCAACAUUUGAGUAAUUGUGUAUUUACUAUAAAUGUUAGACUUGGACCAGCUGUCGUUCCCGAGAUUUCAAGAGAAUAUAUAUACUAUAAUUUUUUUCUUUCAUCAAAACAUAACUUGCAGCCUAUUUUCUACCCUCUCGUAUAAUAUGCAAAUCAUUUUUCUAAUCAAUGUUCUUAUUUGUAUUCUUAGCAUAUAACUCUUCUACGUCCAAAUUCUGCCUAUUUGUCACCAUCGUCAACCUCAUCAGAUAUCGAUCGACCAUUAUGUCUAGUAGUAGAACCAAAACGAUCUGUUAUAAAAAACGAUGAUUUUUUUCAACAUAUUGGUUCUUUACUACAAACUCGUGAUGAAACCGUACCUCGCUUACGUUUAACAAAUUCACAAAACGCUCAAUUAGUCAUAUCUGACGAUGAUUUUGAAAAAAAUUUACGAGAAUUAGAAACAACAUUCAAACGUGUCAAACAUCAGAGUGAUUAUUUACUUGAAGAGUAUUCACGCGAGCAACAACGUCGACAAAAUAUAGAGAAGAAUUUGAACGACAUAUUGUCCGUAAUUGAAAAUAUAACACCAGUGUUAAGUGAUCAAGAACUAUUAAUGAAGCAGCAAUUGAAAAACUAUCAUGUACAAUUAAAACAUUUGCAAACAAAAACAAAAAUGGUCAAUGAUUUUAUAUAUGGUGAACAAAAACAAGAUGAAUCAAAAUUUGAUGAUAAAUUGUUAAAACAAUACCAGGAAUUCAUACAGUAUUUUCUAGAAAAAAUUGAAGUGAUGAAACAAAAAUUAGAUGAACUAUAA